AUGGCCAACUCUCAGUUUCCUCCCUACGAGGGCACCGAAGUCAUUGGCUUCCAAUUCUCGAAUUCUACUGACCCAGCGUCACUCUCGGAUGAGAGUACCGAGCUCGGCAAGAUCUGGGCCGCCACGCUAAAGACGUAUCUCGACCAUCCAGAAACGGGCAUCGUCUGGUGGGGGAUUGUGCAUGACGCUCCGAACAAAGCUAAGCUGUUUAUCGAUUGGAAGAGUUUAGCUGGUCGGGCUCAAUUUGAGGCCAGCCAACAAGCAACAGAGCUUGCCAGCACCUGGAAAUCCGUCACUGUAGCGCCAGCCAGUAAAGAUACCUACAAAUUCACCUCUAGCGAUGUCGCUAGGCAAACGGCUUUAUCCAGCACCUACGACACAGUCACAGCUCUCCUCAAUUUCCGAUUCGCAAAUGCGCUCACUUCCAGCGAAGUUAAGCAAUUGGACGCCGUACUCCAAGAGCUAGACCGCGCUAUCAUGUUAAGCCCAGGUGCUGUCGUAGCCAGCUACUCAAUUGGAGGAUGGGGCUCAGACUGCAGAUCAUACUGCGCGGCGUACCGCUAUCUUAAUGCUGAUGCCCUGAGAAAUUUUAUCCAAGGCGACAACAAGGUCAGAGGGUUAUCGGAGAUUUUGCAGUCUCGCGCUUCUGGUGGUAUGCAACUUGAGUUUCUGGAAACGCGAGUCUAUAAGCAAGGCUGGCAAGGGUCUGUCACCAAGACAGAACCUGAUAACCCGACUCUAUCGGGGUUCAUGGCCGAGGCGCAGGCCAUGUUUACGUUCUAA